UAACAUUGUUAUUAGGAUUAAAGUUUUAAUAAAAGUAAAUGAAUAUUUUAAAAUAAGAAGAACACUUAUUUCUUUAAAUGAAUAAUAAUAAAAAGCUCUGUGAAAGCAUUGUUACCGUGUUAAAGAUAUUAAGACAGUGACUAUAACUUAAGUUCAAACAAAACUAGUUUCUUUGUUAGAAAAAUCUUGUUAUUUUUUAAACCAUGUCGGAUUUUUCUUUGAAUAUUUUUACGCUCAAUUGUUGGGGUAUACCUAUUGUCUCAAAAAACAGAAAGGAACGUAUGGAAGCUAUUUCAACGUAUCUACAAGAAAGCUGUCAUACUGUGGUGUGCCUGCAGGAAGUUUGGAGUGAGGAUGAUUAUCUGUUUAUUAAAGAAAAACUGAAACGCAACCUGCCCUACUCACAUUACUUCUACAGUGGAGUACUUGGCUCGGGUCUCUGUGUGUUCUCGAAGUGGCUUAUACAGGAUGUAUUUUUCCACCAAUGGCCACUGAAUGGGUACAUCCAUAAGAUCCACCAUGGGGAUUGGUUUGGAGGCAAGGGUGUUGGUUUGUGUCGGAUCCGGGUAAAAGAUAGACUGGUUAACAUCUAUUGUACCCAUUUACAUGCAGAGUACCAUGAGGAUGACAUUUACUUAGCACACAGGGCUCUGCAAGCACACUCCACUGCAGAGUUCGUCAAUCUUACUAAGUCCACAGCCGAUGUAUCCAUCCUGGCUGGAGACCUGAAUACAGGCCCCGGCGAUUUAUCCUACAGAUUAAUAACAGAACUCCCAUCGCUCAUAGACCCGUACGACUUAGAGUGUGAGAACACAAACCCUGCUAUUAGGAAAGCCACCGGCACCAACGACAACUGCAACAACAGCUACUCUGACAAGAAGCAAGCCAAGCUGUGCCCUGAGGGGAAGAGGAUUGAUCAUAUACUUUACCAUGUCAACUCUCAGUGGGCGGCCGAAGUAAUGAAUUUUGGCAACCCACUCGAAGACAGGGUGCCCGGGCAGCAAUUUUCGUACUCGGACCACAACGCAGUCGUCCUCGAACUGCAUAUACGGCCCACAGAGGGCUUUUACAAAGACCACGUCUAUAACAAGAACGGGUCGCUGGACGACACUAUUGCAGACGCGUACAAAGUGUGCGAUGAGGCUUAUUCCAACUUAUCCAAAACAAGGAAGCUGUAUUUGUUCGCUGGAGGACUAAUCUUCAUGUUCCUACUUGGCUCAUUCGGUUACUGGCCGGAUUACGUGUUGUACAACGUGAUAAAGAUAAUUAUCACUGGUCUAAGUUUUUACUAUCUGAUUAUGGGGACUUUGUGGAACAGAAUUGAGAUGAAUAGCUUGAAGGCCGGGCUGAGUGCUCUAGACAAUUUUGUCAAAAGCAGGAGCCAGUUGAAAAAGGAUAAUGGAGAGCCAAACCUGUGAUAAAUUGAUCAGAAUGUGGAUUUUGUUGAAAAAUACAAGAAAUAUCAAAAUGUGAUGGUGUAACAAUAAGGUUCACUUUUUCGUGGUCAAAAAGACAAUACUGUUAUUUGUUGAAUUAGAAAUUGACAUAUCUACGAAAAAGUAUUUAGGUUAGGUAUUUCUUUCGUUUUAACAUUCAUUUCAGUAUUUUCAGGACUAGCCGACUAAUCUUUAAUUUAAUUUAAGGAAUUCUGUAAUUUAAGUCCAGUAAGAUGCAAAAAUGCCAUACGAUAGUAGGUAAAAUUCUAUUUUAAUGCUCAAGCACUUAUUCUAUUUUUAUUCCUAUCCCAUUGAUGCCACAGUUUGGUUUUCUUUUAACCCCUUAUUUGCCAAGAGUGGCCCUGAAACUUAAGUAGUUUCAUGUGCUCUGCCUACCCCUUUAUG